AAGGGGUAAACCAUUUCACUCCUCUUCGCCACGCUGUGUAACAGGCAACGGGAGAAAAAGCUCCCCGAGUGCUGCUGGAAGUUGAUGGCUAUGUGUGAUGCUCAGACCUCAACAUCGUUUUUCAAUCAGAGUUUUUAAGAUCUGCAUAUGCCAAUGGUUUUACCACACGUAGAAUGGGAUUAACUUGGUCCGGCAAAUAUAUCUCACUGUUUCUUGCUGUUCAGUUAGUUUAUCUGCUACAUGUGGUGAGAGCAACGGGGAAAUGUGAUACAGUAUUCAAAGGGUUCUCCAAUUGCUUGCUGAGACUGGGGGAGAAUAUGGCUAACUAUCCACAGGAGCUGGAUGAGAAGGAAAACCUACAGACCAUCUGCACAUAUUGGGAUGACUUCCACUCAUGUGCGACCACUGCGCUGGUGGAUUGCCAAGAGGGAGCCACAGACCUAUGGGAGAAGCUCAAAAAGGAGUCCAGAAACUUAGAGUUCCGAGGGAGCUUGUUUGAACUCUGUGGCGGGGGGAACGGGGCCUCCAAAUCCACAGUCGCUUUAGGUCUCAUCAUACUUCUAACGGCACUUUCUGCCUUAGUGACUUGGCUUGCAUUUUAGCAAAAACAAACAAAGAAGAAGAUAAAGGGGAAAAAAUGCUAGCUAUUGACACAAAAAUACAAAACAAAAGAGACGUUUGAAUUCAUUUACACCCAAAUGGAUUAUACUUCAUCCGGGGAAGGCGACCUGAUUUUGCUAGAGACAUUGGCGGGUCGUCUUCCGGGACUGGUGCACCAUAUUUCUCUGACAUGGGGUCAAUUACAUUAAAUAUUUAGCAGGUAUUGAGUUUAAAUUAUGAUGACAUUUAGAUGGAUCCUCGCCCGUUUACUAUUAAAGUCGACGAUGAAUUAUUUAUA